CUUUAUUUGUGUAUUUUUCCUUUUUAAAAUAAAUACGUAGCAGAAGCCUUUUCCCGUCUCCAUUGCUCUGUAACCGCCGUUUCUCUUAGUCACCCUGCACCUCACCUGACAGCUUUGCGCCGUGGUUGUGGUCACCAGAUAUCGAUCUUUUGUUGGGGUAGCGCGCUGUGGAAUUCUACGCCAUUGUCCCUUUUUUUUCUUGGUGCUUGCCCAGUAUUUUUCUUUUAACCGCCGCGUCCUUGCAAAAAACCACAAAUCAGUCAAUAUCUUUGCUUCUAUUUUGCAUUUCUUCUUCAACAUUUACACCGGCCCGGCCACUUUGCUUGCGCUGACUCUUCCGCCAUCGGCAUCGGAGGCACAAGGCGGGGAGUGCCCACCACAAAAGAGGAGCCAUAUUUUUUUUCCUACCCGCUGAAAGCAACCAGACACCAGUCAUUCCGUCUUCCCUUUCAUCUUUUCAACAUCUUUCAGAACUCCUUUGUUUGCAUUAUCUACUCGCAAUGACUGCUCUCAAUGGAAUAGAACACCCGUUACCGGUGCGAACAAACGGCGUCCACGCUCCCCAGAUCAACGGCGACAAGCGCCCAGAGACACCCACCAUGUCCUUGACAGAAUACAGCGUCAACCCCUCCACGCCGCCAUCGGGCGAGGCUCGCGAGCGAAUGAAGGAGCAGGUCCCCGAAGACUUGCUGCUGCCCAAUGGCUACCCAGAUUACAUGCGCAUGAUCAUGACUGCCACGUCCAGAGUCUACGAAGCCUGCAAAAUCACUCCUCUCACCCACGCCGUCAACCUCAGCAACCGACUCGAGUGCAAUGUCUACUUUAAGCGUGAGGACGAACAGCCCGUGUUCAGCUUCAAGCUGCGCGGUGCCUACAACAAGAUGGCCCAUCUCGACCCGGCCAAGAGCUGGAAGGGCGUAGUCUGCUGCUCGGCCGGUAACCACGCGCAGGGCGUAGCCUUUUCCGCGCGCAAGCUCAAGAUCCCAGCAACCAUUAUUAUGCCCGAGGGCACCCCCAGCAUCAAGCACAGCAACGUCGCGCGACUCGGCGGCCACGUUGUGCUGCACGGCGCCGACUUUGACGCAGCCAAGGACGAGUGCGCCCGCCGCGCCGCCUCCGACGGCCUCAUCAACAUCCCCCCGUUCGACGACCCUUAUGUGAUUGCAGGACAGGGAACUGUGGCCAACGAACUGUUUGGCCAGAUCAACAUGGCCAAGGUAGAGGCCAUCUUCUGCGGCGUGGGUGGCGGCGGUCUUAUUGCCGGCAUCGGCGUGUACAUUAAGCGCAUGGCGCCGCACGUCAAGAUUAUCGGUGUGGAAGCCCACGAUGCCAAUGCCAUGGCCCAAUCGUUAAAGAAGGGAGAGCGUGUUGUUCUUAAAGAUGUUGGUCUGUUUGCGGACGGUGCUGCUGUCAAGACACCCGGCGAGGAGCCCUUCCGUCUUGCGCAAGAGGUAGUGGACGAGGUGGUGGAGGUGAGCACGGACGAGAUUUGCGCCGCCAUCAAGGACAUGUACGACGACACACGGUCCGGUCUUGAGCCUGCAGGCGCGCUGUCCAUUGCUGGUCUGAAGAAGUACGUUGCGCAGAACCCGUCGCGGGACUCGAAACGAUCGCUUAUUGCCGUCACGUCGGGCGCCAACAUGAACUUUGACCGUCUCCGCUUUGUCGCCGAGCGCGCGGCUCUUGGUGAGGGCAAGGAGGCUCUUCUUGUUGCUACUAUUCCCGAAAAGCCCGGUUCCUUCCAGAAACUCAUUGAAAACAUCAUGCCCCAGGCUGUUACCGAGUUCUCGUACCGUUAUGUCGAAGGCUCCGACGCCAAUAUCCUCAUUGGUCUCUCGCUGCAGCGACCUAUUGCCGAGCGCCCCGACGAGCUGCGCAAUGUCAUGGAGCGCAUCCGAUCGGACGGUAUGAUAGUAACCAACGUGUCAGGCGAUGAGCUCGCUAAGAGUCAUAUUCGAUACAUGAACGGUGGCCGCUCCAACGUUGCCGACGAGAAGCUGUUUAUGUUUACAUUCCCUGAACGACCGGGAGCCCUCGAGAAGUUUGUCACGACGCUGCGUCCCAAAUUCAACAUUAGCUUGUUCCAGUACCGUAACUACGGCGGCGAUGUGGGCAAGAUUCUGGCCGGUAUCCAGUGCCCCGAUGGGCAGAAGGACGAACUGCUGCAGUUCCUCCACGAAAUCGGAUACCCGUUCCAAGACUGCACUGACUCGGAAGUCUACAAGAUAUUUUUGUGCGCAUAAGAUAUAUACAAAUACAAAAAUACACAUUGCAUUGUUGCAGCGAGGGUGUCAUUGAGGAGUUGAGGAUGCAUAUGGAGCCGGUGGUAUUCGGUAUAUACGGAGCGGGAGUAUGAACAAAAAAGUAGAAAAGGUAUCAUGGAUUGUCACCACGCAGUGGUGCUCUGGCGUUUUGGGUGUCAUUUUUUUUUAAAUUUUGUGUGAAACUAGGUUCCCUUUGAGACAGCUGGAUAAUGAAACGAGCUUGAAUCUAACCAACUGCCGCCUUUCUCUGCCGGUGAUGAAUACGGUGCCUGUCUCUCGGGGCUAUGUCUUAAAGGAGAGUUGAAUAUGCAUGAGGCUCAACACGAAUUCCAAGUAAGCUUAUCUCACUGGUAGGGCCGUGUGUAUCUUGGCUGGGGAACACAGAGGCCAACCAGGAAGUGCGUACGACGAGCUGAAGUCCAGCCCUGCAUCACCACAGCCUUAUGAGGGCAACACAGAACACGAGCAAG